GCACCGAGCUCUGACGUUUACAUACUCGAGACAAAAAUGGAUUUUGCAAGCGCUUUAAAAUUUCCUGUAAAGCGGCGGCCACUGCAGAAUGAAUGUGACAUUGUAUUCAUAAAUACUACGUUUUUUUUUAGCAUGAAUUUGGCUCUUUUUUAUUGCUAAGUCUGAUUCGCUCUUUCUGCUAGCUAGCCUAGAAGAAUUGGUUCACCAACAAGAGCAAAAAUACUAUCAGAUAUAUGCAUAAAUAAUAUAGAGUGCAUCUUAACAGACAACAAAUAUGUCUCAGCUGCUGGUGAAAGAUGAGGUGGAGUUGCAGUCCCUCAUCAAACAGUUUCUAAAAAGUAUCAGUGAGAAAAUAACCGGGGCAACUUCAGGUGAAGCUGCUCAAGAGAUCCUCCUCCACCUGGAGGAGACUGACAAGAACUUCUAUAGCUAUGAGUUUGUUAGGUACCUCCGUCAACAUAUAGAGAGCUCUUUGGGCGCCGCGGUGGAGGAGGAGAUGCUGAACUUAACUUUAGGAGAGGGCCAACACGGGACCGGAUCAGGACACGACGCCUUGAUUAAUGUUGUGGCGUGCCGGAACAAAGACUCUGCUGAGUAUCAGCAGAUGAUGCAGACCUUGAAAACCUCACUGAGCUCUGUUGUGGAGUGUUUAACCAACAAAUACAAGGAGAGCCAGCUGAGAAAAGAGGAGACGCACAGAGAGAGGGAGCACAGCCAGCACAGCAGCCACUUCACAGACAGCUGCUCCGACAGCGACUCCUCCUUCAACCAGAGCUACACCUUCAUCACGCAGGAGGAGCUCCAGCUUCUAGCUGAAAGACUUGAGCCCGGCAAGCCCAAAGAGAUGCGUCGGGAGGCGUUGCACGUCCUCUGCCGUGCGUCUCUGCCUGAUCUGUUGAGCUGCGAGAGCUGGAGUACCCUGCGCAGGAACCUCUCUUUGGCUCUGAACGAGGCCGAGCUCAGUGAAGAGGCGUUGCAGUUUUUUGCUAAAAGCUUCUCCUGCUCUCCACUCAAUGUCACCAGAGAGAUGUUCGCCAGUUUAGCUAAAAAUGUAGAAUCCAGUUUUGUGUCUCACAAGCUGAACUUCCCAAGCGGCUCAGCAACCCUCGACAUCAACACUCCUAAGAUAACCCGCCUUCUCAAGCAGAUGCGAUUGAUUAAUGACUUCCAGAAGGAGGUGGCUUCCUUCUGGAUUCGUCACCCUGAGAAAUAUAUGGAAGACGUGAUAGAGAGCAGUCUGUCCCUGCUGUCCUUCCAUCACCCACACGGUUCAGCUGAAAAACCCCUGGAGCCGAUACAUUUACUGACACUACUGGACAUCAAAGCGGACUGGUUCAUCAAGUGGAUGCAUGGUUACUACAGCAGGAAUGUUGUUCUCAGACUCUUGGAGAGAAAGUACAAGCUUCUGGUGGUGGUGGCGGUUCAGCAGUGCAUCCAUUACAGCGAGGCCAGCGAAGGUUUCAGGGGCGACGUGAGCGAUGCUCUCGCAGGGAAGCAGAAGAACGCCAGCGCAUUGCAGAGCAGCGUUUACUCCGGAAAGGAGCUGGAUUUUGCCCUCUUCGUCCACUCUGUGUGUGUUCUGGGGAAACUGAUCCUUUAUGCCAAUGGGAGAAAGCUGUUUCCCAUCCGAAUCAGGAAGCACAAAGAGCCAGUCACUCUCACAGACCUGCUCGUCAUUCUCAUAAACAUCAUGUAUCACCACCCCAAGCCUCUGCCCAGCGAUGCCUCGCACACAGACCCGUUGUCACCCAGCGGUUUGGUGUUGGAGCUGCUGUGGAUGUUGUGUGAGCAGCCAGACUGCGCAGCUGAAUGCCUCCACCAGACCGCCGUCAUGGAGAAGCUGCUGGCUCCCGUGGUCGCGCUGCUCAGUGGACAACAGAGCACGCUGGAUUCCCCGGCAACCACACUGAUUCUUAUUGCGGACGUUCUGGCUCGCAUUGCAAACACCGACAGAGGAUUAGCCCUCUUCUUAUAUGAGAAGAAUGUGGUGGGGCCCCAGGGAGAGAGAGCCUGUACUGCUCAUAUAAUUGCACAGUUCACCCUGAGGCUGCUGGGUAACGGACUGCCAUCAUUGAGCGGAUCAGCAGUGUCACAUUCGGUGUGUGGAGCCUUCAUCUUUGUGUGCUGGCAGAUGUACAACACCUGCGAGGGCCUGCAGGUCCUUGAGCCCUACGGACUUCAUAAAGCCAUAGCUGCUGCAUGGAGAAAGACCAGCUCCUUACCAGAGAGGAUAUCUGAAGCCAGUCCUGAAACAUCCCUCCAUGAGAUGCCUAAUGAGCUCAUUUGGGAGGAAACACUGUUGGACAGCCUGCUGAGUUUUGCUGCGACUCCUAGAGGUCUGCUGCUGCUCCAGCAGACUGGAGCCCUCACUCAGUGCAUCUCCUACAUGUUCUCCCGCUCCACCAAAAAACUACAGGUUAGCCGCUGUGAGAAGUUUGGAUAUGGUGUGAUGGUGACACAGGUGGCAACAACUGCUCCAGGCACUGUAGCUCUACGAGAUUCAGGUUUUAUUCAGGAGCUGCUGGUGCAGCUGUGGUCUGCUCUUGAAUGCGGCAGUGAUGAUGCACAAUUGGCUGCUCCUAAACCAACAUCCAUGGAUCCCAUUGACAGAAGCUGCCUCAAGCCCUUCCUGUCCUUGGUGAACCUCCUAUCAUCCUCCCAGUCGGUGUGGGAGCUGCUGCACCAACAGCCUUUACCCAACAAAAGUGAAUACUCCCUUAGAGAAAUGCCCACCUCCAUACCAGACUUGAUUGACAGGCUGAUUGCUGUGAAUUCAGACGUGAAGAUCCAUUCCCUGUUCCACUAUGAGCAGUCUCACACUUUCGGUUUGCGACUACUUAAUGUGCUCUGCUGCAGUCUGGACUCCUUCCUGCUGCUGGAAAACCAGUACAACAUCUGCUCCAUGCUGCUGCAGAGUCAGAGGGACAACAUCACCGACUCUGACAUUAAUGAAGGGGAGAUUAUUGUAGACGGUCUGUCUGUGGAGAGGAAUCAUGUCUUGGUUCGUGUUGGCGUGGUUGGAGGUCCGUCUGAAAGGAGACUCCCUCUUCGAUCCCUUCAGGAGGGAGAUCAGCCAUACCCUUGGCCCAUGGUUUUAUCCUACCCUGUGCCACACUUCUACACCUUGGACCCACCAGAGACUCUUCACACCUCACAAAGUUGUGAGAUGAGUGCUUUUCUGACUUCCUCCAAAGAGAGUGAUGAGAACUGGUUAAAAAAGUGCCAAAAUCUGUUCCUUAAAGCCAUGACGUCUGAACCCCACAACCUCACUGGGAACGUGUUGGCUGACCUUCUGGAGAGUGUCGUGGUCCAUCUAUCCAACUCUGCCACAGAGUGCCUCUUCUCCUUGGAUCAACACAGAGCUGCGGUAAAAGAUGUGAAGAAUGUGGAGUUGUCCUCUGUGGAGCAGCUGGGAGUCGACAUCUGCCUUAAAAAGCACAGAGGAGCAGUUUUUCAAGCCUACUCUAGGUGGAUCAUUUCACAGGGAUUGAGUUCAGAAGUAAAAAUGUAUGGCAGCUACCUAAAGGUACUUGGAGGAGACGCCAGAAACCCUCUGAUUCUGCUGCUGAAGCAGAUCAAGAGCUUCCUUUCCAAACAGCGGAGGAACGCGUCUUCAGGACUUCUUACUCAGCAGGAGAGUUAUCCAGGCCAUGACUGGCUGGCAUCCACAGUCUUCCUACUUAUGGGCGGAGAUUUGGAGCGCUCUUUGGGUUUGUUGCUCCGCCUCUCCUCCCUGCUGGCGUCUGCGUUCAUCUGGCCUGCAAGAAUGCAUGCAUGUGUCCAUUUACCUGAAGAGGUAGCUGGAUCAGGAAUCCCUCCGGUCUACUGGUGUACAGCCCACUAUGUGGAGAUGCUGCUGAAGGCUGAACUGCCUCUGGUCCACUCUGCCUUCAGGAUGUCUGGAUUUACACCUUCACAGAUGUGCCUCCACUGGCUGACUCAGUGCUUCUGGAACUACCUGGACUGGAGUGAAAUCUGCCUCUACCUCUGCGCCUGCGUGCUCUUCAGCCCCGACUACCAGGUGUACCUGUGCGUGGCGAUAUUCCGACACCUGCAGCCGGACAUCCUGCAGCGCACACAGUCCCAGGAGCUGCAGAUCUUCCUGAAGGAGAAUCCGAUUGAAGGUUUCAGGAUGAGCGACCACCUGGAGUUCAUGCUGGGUCUGGAACGCAGCUACAGGAAGGACGUUCUGACGGCCAUGAAAGGUUUUUUAGAACCCUGAAGAGCAAAAGCAGAUUGUUUUUAUAUUUAUUUAAAAGAAAUGUGAAUGAUUUGACUAUUUUUAUUCAACCUUAAUUCAAGGUCACUUUAUUCCUCUGUGAAUGCCACUUUUUUGCUGUUUGUAUUUCUGAAUGUUUUUUGUGCUGCUGAAGAUAAGAGAAUUGCCCCAUUGUGGGAUGAAUAAAGUUUAUCUUAUCUAAUAUAAUAUAA